UCAUUGUCGACGAAAAAGGUUCAAAAGCAUAUUAUAGAAAAAUUAGUAGAUUACUAAAAUCCAACUGUUACGGCCAGAAAUUGAGGCGCGGAAGAAAUCCAAGAAAAAGGAAGUUGCUUUAAAGCCAAGCCAGGCAAAGAAGAUGGGAAGUGGAGCCAGAAUUGAUGAUGGUGAAACUAUACAUGACUUGUUGGAUUCUUUGAUAGAAACCAAAUCUAACGGUGGAGAGUGGUGGCUGCCACUGCAUGCUUAUCUGCUCUGACUUGACUCUGAAUUGUGUCUUCUGGGAGAGACAGCAAGAGAGAUAUGGCGGGUAUUAAACACGUUGAGCUUCAACAGUGAUCAGCUCGCCAUCAAUGCAAUUCAUUCACCUCUGUCUUCCUAUCAAUCUAAAGCUCUAGGCUUUAGCUCAAACCUGGUCAACUUGCUCUCUCUCUCGCUACCAUAUUUGUGACUCUACUUCUUUGUGUGUAAUUUGUUAUUGGAGUAACAAAAGGAGAGGAAAAGAGCUUCAAAAGGGUACCUUGAUUCUUGAUUUAAUUUGAUGGGGGUUUGCUUGAGCUCCCAAAUUAAAGCUGAGAGCCCAUGGAACGCAGGGUUGAGUUCAAAAGAUGUUAGCACAGAUAGGAAUGAUCAUAGCAGAAGUGGCAAGGUCUCAUCAGCUUCUGCGCCCCCAACUCCUAGGAGCGAAGGUGAGAUCUUGCAGUCUUCCAAUCUGAAGAGCUUCAACUUUUCUGAUCUCAAGACGGCCACAAGGAAUUUUCGUCCCGAUAGUGUCCUAGGAGAAGGUGGUUUUGGUUUGGUUUUUAAGGGUUGGAUUGAUGAGCAUUCAUUUAGUGCUGCCAAGGCUGGAACUGGACUGGUUAUUGCUGUGAAAAAGCUUAGCCAAGAGGGUUUCCAAGGGCACAAGGAGUGGUUGGCUGAAGUAAAUUAUCUGGGACAACUUUAUCAUCCUCAUCUUGUGAAGUUAAUUGGUUAUUGUUUGGAGGAUGAACACCGGCUUUUGGUGUAUGAGUUCAUGCCUCGUGGCAGCUUGGAAAAUCAUUUAUUUAGGAGAGGGUCUUACUUUCAGUCUCUUUCUUGGAAUCUCCGGUUGAAGGUUGCUCAUGGUGCUGCGAAAGGGCUUGCAUUUCUUCAUAGUGCUGAAAAUAAAGUUAUAUAUCGAGACUUCAAGACUUCUAACAUUUUACUUGAUUCAAGUUACAAUGCGAAGCUCUCUGAUUUUGGGCUGGCCAAGGAUGGGCCAAUAGGUGAUAAGAGUCAUGUGUCUACCAGAGUUAUGGGUACCUAUGGAUAUGCAGCUCCAGAAUAUCUAGCCACAGGUCAUUUGACCACCAAGAGUGAUGUCUAUAGCUUUGGAGUUGUUUUGUUGGAGAUGUUAUCUGGAAGGAGAGCAAUUGAUAAAAAUCGGCCCUCUGGAGAACACAAUCUUGUGGAAUGGGCUAAACCCUAUUUGGCAAACAAACGAAAGAUUUUUCGUGUCCUAGACAAUCGUCUUGAAGGGCAGUAUUCAAUGGAUGUUGCCUAUAAAGCAGCUAUGCUUGCAUUGCGAUGCCUAUCCAUAGAACCCAAGCUCCGACCAAACAUGGAUGAGAUUGAGGCAUUGCUGGAGCAGCUGCAGGAUUCCAAAGAAACUGGAAGCACUAACAACCCUUCAAGCAAUGCACCUAGGAUUCAUAGACGAAGUGCAGAUAAUGCUAGUGGUGGAAGGAGCGUGGCUGCUUACCCAUGUCCCUCUGAUUCCCCUCUUUCUGCGUGAAAAUGGAAUGAACUUGAUGAAAGCUGCAUCUCUCUAUAGCUCAAUACAAUGCAGACGGGUUAGCAACGGUUAACAACUAUCUCAGUGAAUCCAAGGGAUUCAAGUAAAAGUGUACUUGUCAAGUGACUCUGCAAUUCAUGUUUCGGUCAAUGUAUUCAAAAAUCAACCUUCUGCUGACUAACUUCUUGGUUAGCUUGUGAUAUGAGUUCCCACAUUGUUGCUCCUCUUAGAUCUACAAAAGUGCGAGACUUACUUAAGCAGCCUUUCAAAAAAACAGAAAAAGAAAAAAAGAAAAGAAGAAAGAAAGAAGCAGCUUAAUCAGGGAUGCAAGUGCUCUUGUAUUACGAGUUUGGUCUUUUCUUUCCCGGUUUGGAUUGUUGUAUUUGAUAUAUAUGUAUAUUCUCAGAUGGAUCAGUGAUCAUCCUUUAGAUGUACUGCUGUGUUAUAAUAGAGAUAAUUUGUUUCUUUUUA